UUUAAAUCAUGUCUUCUUUUGCUAAUAAUGUCAUUUUGCUAUGGUUUUUUGUUAUCGCAUUUCUACCUUGUUCUUGGAGUCAAGAAUGCAGCAUAGAACAGAAGAGAGCUCUCCUGGAGAUCAAAAACUCCACAAAUGGUUCAGUCUUCGCGGACUGGGAUGGAAGAGACUGUUGUAACGCACCUGGAAUCACUUGUCACGGUAUUGAUGGGGGAGUUUCAAUUAUUUAUUUGCAUAGUGACAAUGCACUAUCAAGUACAUGGUAUCCAAAUGUAACCCUGUUCACCAUAUUCGAUGAACUGCAAGAACUGAUACUUAAUAGCAUGAACAUUGGAGGAGAACUUAAACCCUUUUGUGAACUGAAGCGAUUAAAAAGUCUAAGCUCGUUGGAUCUUGGGAAUAAUUUAAUGGAAGGCACUAUUCAUCCUUGUCUUGGGAGGAUUGAAAAGCUUGAACAACUUGUUCUAUCGGGUAAUCGCUUUCAUGGUAAUAUACCUCCAUUAUUAUUGUCUAACCAAAGCAAGAUUGUGUUGUUGGAUGUUUCUAGUAAUCAAUUAGAAGGGGUAUUGUCAUUUUCAAUUUUUGCCAACGUUACAAGUCUCAAAUACAUUGAUCUUUCCAACAACUACUUGGAGGUUGAAACCGAAUCUCCCUCAUGGGUCCCGACCUUUCAUCUAAGUAAGCUGAACUUAGCAAAUUGCAACCUCAACAAGAAAAAUGGUCACGUUGUGCCCAGCUUCAUCUCCACCCAACUUGACUUGAAUUGGCUAGACUUGUCUUAUAGCUCAAUAGAGGGAGGCAUACCUUGUCAGCUGUUGUUCAACACGAGUCUCCAAGGUUUAUUCUUGAGAAGCAACAAACUCACAGGUUCUUUUCUUGAUUGCAAUGCUAAAAAUCAAACUUCAACAAUUGUAUCAUUUGACUUAUCUGAUAAUCAAGUCAGAGGCCCUCUUCCUGAAAAUAUUGGGCAUCUUCUUCCAUGGUUAAAUCAUUGUAACAUGUCCUCAAAUGCAUUAGAAGGCAACAUCCCUUGGACCUUGGGUAAUUUGUCUCUUGUAAUAUUGGAUCUUUCCAAUAACAUGCUCACAGGAACAAUACCACAAAGUUUGACUAAAAAUGGUAGCGCAGACUCAUUGGUCUAUCUAAAUCUAUCAGACAAUAAAUUGCAAGGAAAAAUGCUCCCAAGGGACUCUAUCAUGCCAAGCUUGGAGUGCUUACAACUUAGUGGCAAUCGCUUUGAAGGAGUCAUCUCACCCACAAUAUCAAACAGCCCCUCCCUGGUAAUCCUAGACGUUAGUCACAAUUACUUGUCUGGAAAUAUUCCAAGGUGGUUGUAUAGUCAUCCUAGCUUGGUAGCAGUUCUUUUAAAAGGAAAUCGCUUUGAAGGUCACCUACUACGAGGAAUGUGUCAGAUGAGAAGUUUGCAAGUUUUGGACAUCUCUUUCAAUCAUAUUUCAGGAGGUAUUCCCUCCUGCAUUAAUAACAUCACAUUCUGGAAGAAGAGUUCUCCAAGUCCUACUGGCUCAAACUAUUUCACACAGAAGGGUCGGUUGAGUUACCUUAUAAAUUUAACUGACUUGUAUUUUGAAUUUGGAACGUCCUUGCUAAUAAAGAGUAUGGAAUAUACUUUCAAUGGUAUCCCACUCUUAUUGAUGACAGGAAUCGACAUGUCAUCUAACCAACUAACAGGUAGCAUUCCUUCUGAAAUGGGAGAAUUGUCACAACUUAGGUCCUUGAACUUGUCAAAUAAUUUUCUAACAGGUUCCAUUCCCAGUUCUUUUCGAAACUUGAAAAACGUGGAAAGUUUGGAUCUCUCUCACAACAAAUUGAGUGGGAAAAUCCCUUCUGAGUUGGUUGAACUCAAUUCUCUAUCGGCAUUUAGUGUUGCCUACAACAAUCUUUCAGGAAGAAUCCCAUUUGAGAAGCAAUUUUCAACAUUCAACAUGAAAUGCUAUGAUGGCAAUCCUGAUCUUUGUGGAGGCCCUCUGCCAAGAAACUGCUCAACCCCGAACCAACCGGAUCCUACACAUAAGAGGGAUCAAAAGGACCAGAAAGAAGGGACUAGAGUAAUUGAUAGCCCUUUCUUCUUUUAUGCAUUUGUUGCAGUCUCUUAUGCAUUUGGGUUUUGGGUUUUCUUUGGGAUCCUAAUCAUUAACAAGAACUGGAGGAUGAACUAUUUUAGAGCUGUGGACAGAUAUGUUGAGUCAUUUUUGGAAAUGCUUUCCAAGUAUUGGUGAUAUACUGUCAUAUUUGUCGUGGAAACAGUAUUAUGUGAGAUUUGUAUUUCAAAGCAAUUCUUGUUUUCUUCAUAGAAUUUGUAGCAUUGAGUGGUUCUAAGUACAAGGUUG